AUGAAGCUGGCCCGGCUCCUGCUGCUGCUGAGCGGGUGCGCGCUGCUGCUGGCCCCGGCGGUGCGGGGGUGCGGGCCGGGCCGAGUGGUGGGCAGUCGGCGGCGGCCCCCCAGGAAGCUCAUCCCGCUGGCUUACAAGCAGUUCAGCCCCAACGUGCCGGAGAAAACCCUGGGCGCCAGCGGCAGGUACGAGGGCAAGAUCGCCCGCAACUCGGAGCGGUUCAAGGAGCUGACCCCCAACUACAACCCGGACAUCAUCUUCAAAGACGAGGAGAACACGGGAGCCGACCGCCUCAUGACCCAGCGCUGCAAGGACCGCCUGAACUCCCUGGCCAUCUCGGUGAUGAACCAGUGGCCGGGCGUGAAGCUGCGGGUGACAGAGGGCUGGGACGAGGACGGGCACCAUUCGGAGGAGUCGCUGCACUACGAGGGCCGAGCCGUGGACAUCACCACCUCCGACCGGGACCGCAACAAGUACGGCCUGCUGGCACGUCUGGCCGUGGAGGCCGGCUUCGACUGGGUCUACUACGAGUCCAAGGCCCACAUCCACUGCUCCGUCAAGUCAGAGCAUUCGGCAGCAGCGAAGACGGGCGGCUGCUUCCCUGCCCGGGCCCUGGCGACGCUGGAGGGUGGGGUGAGGACCCCCCUGUGGGCGCUGCGCCCGGGGCAGCGGGUGCUGGCUAUGGACGAGCAGGGCCGGGCCACCUACAGUGACUUCCUGGCCUUCCUGGACAAGGAGGCGUCGGCGCCGACCACUUUCUACGUGAUCGAGACCCGGGAGCCGCCACGUCGCCUGUCCCUGACCCCUGCCCACCUGCUCUUCGUGGCUGAGAACUCCACGGCGCCCGCUGCCCGCUUCCAGGCCACCUUCGCCAGCCACGUGCGGCCCGGUCACUACGUGCUGGUGGCAGCAGUGGGGAAGAGCCUGCGGCCGGCUAGGGUGGUGGAUGUCUCCACCCAGACAGACUUCGGGGCCUAUGCCCCCCUCACUCGCCACGGGACCCUGGUGGUGGACGACGUGGUGGCCUCCUGCUUCGCCCUGGUGCAGGAGCAGUGGCUGGCGCAGCUGGCGUUCUGGCCACUCCGGCUCUACCACAGCCUGGCGGGCGGGCACAGGACCCAGCCGGAGGGCGUGCACUGGUACCCGGGGCUGCUGUACCGCGUGGGCCGGCUGCUGCUGGCCCCGGAGAGCUUCCACCCACUGGGGACGGCCCAGUUCGAGAGCUGAGGGCUGCUGGGGAGCGGAGGGGUGGCCGUUGGGCCGCUCUGCAGGGAGCGGCUGCCUGGGAAGAGGAGCCAGCCACGCUCUGAAUGCCGCCUGCCCUAGGAAGUGGGGCCGCUGGGCCUGUGCAGGGCCCGGCCAGAGUGGGCACGUCCUCCCCUGGGCCCGGAUCCCGUGUGCCAGCAUGGCUGGGCGGCACCACACAGACCCGGGCGGAGCCACCGGCCUGGGGCUGGGGGACCCAGCUCAAGUCCCCAGCUCCUCUGGGAGGCCUGGACCUGUGCGGCCUGGAUGCCAGUCUCCCCCCCUCUGCUGCUGGCACCAGGACUGGCCCAGCUCCCUGCCAGCCUGGGCUCUGCCAACCGGCCCAGGGCCCCGGGCCGGGGGGGCUGCAGGAGGGGGCGCCCCAGCUGGAUCUACAUGCUGCUAUUUUUGUGCGUGAUUCGCUAAUGACCAA